AUGAAUCUCCUCACCGAAUCAAUCACCAACCAAACGGAGGUUUCAUUGGCCAUAGCCAAACAUUUGUUCUCCAAAGAAAAAUAUAAAGAAACAAACAUUGUGUUUUCGCCAUUGUCGCUCCAAAUCAUACUCAGUAUUAUUGCUGUUGGCUCUGAGGGUUCCACGCAACACCAGCUUCUUGAAUUCCUCCGAUCUGAAUCUACCGACCAACUCAAAACCUUAUGCUCUCAACUUGUUUCCUCGGUGCUUGCCGAUAACACUCCCGCCGGCGGACCUCUGGUGUCUUUCAUCAAUGGUGUGUGGGUUCAACAAUCAUUUUCUCUUCAACCUUCCUUCAAAGAAAGUGUGGCUACUGAAUUCAAAGCCAAUAUUGCCUCAGUUGAUUUCGUAACCAAGGCUUCUGAAGUGACUAAAGAAGUGAAUUCAUGGGCUGAAAAAGAGACAAAAGGUCUUAUAAAGAAUCUACUUCCACCUGAUGCAGUGAAUAGCUUAACGAGACUCAUAUUUGCAAAUGCAUUAUACUUCAAAGGAGCAUGGUGGGACGAGUUUGAUGAAUCAAAAACAAAAGACUGUGAUUUUUUUCUUCUCAAUGGCACCUCAGUCAAAGUUCCCUUCAUGACAAGCCAGAAGAAACAGUUUAUUAGUGUUUUUGAUGGUUUUAAAGUCCUUCGUCUUUUUUAUAAGCAUGGUACUUUAUAUGAGCAACAAGAUAAGCGUCGUUUCUCUAUUUACUUUUAUCUUCCUGAUGCAAAAGAUGGAUUAUUAGCUUUGAUUGAAAAGGUAGCUUCUGAGUCCGAUUUUUUGGAGCGUACGUGUCCUAGAGCUACAGCGCCAGUAGGUGACUUUAGAAUUCCAAGAUUCAAUAUUUCUUUUGGCCUUGAAACUUUUGAUAUCCUAAAGGAAUUAGGAGUGAUUUUACCUUUCACUGAAGGAGGUUUGACAAAAAUGGUGGACUCUCCUAUGGAUCAAAACCUUCAUGUUUCCGGCAUAUACCACAAGUCUUUUAUUGAAGUAAAUGAAAAAGGAACUGAAGUUGCUGCUGUGACCUGUACUGAUGUUAGGGUUACAUGUGGUCGGCGUACCAAUCCUCCUCCGCCUCCGAUAGACUUUGUAGCUGACCACCCUUUCAUGUUUUUGAUUAGAGAAGAUGGAUCUGGAACAGUACUCUUUACUGGACAAGUGCUCAAUCCUCUUGUGAUUUGA